GAUCAUUCUUCUACCGACAGCUGAGGCGUGUGCAUUGUGGCUGAAUUCGGUCUGUCUUCUCAUCGCACUCUGUCGCACUUCAUCGCAAUUUACUCUGAAAGAUGUAUUCUGCCACAGCUAGGUUUGGAGCCCCGUCACUUUCGACGCACCCUCCCAUAUGGAGGGACUUCAGUGAAGACCUUAUCUAGUCUUAUUAUUUAUAUUUGAAGAUUCAUUCAAGAGAUAAAUGCCGCUACAGCUCCAGCAUUAAUACAGUCGAAACGUGGGGUCUACAUUGUGACCAUUCAACCUUCUAUUGACGCGAAUAACAAGAACAAAUCGUCACUCCAGUGAAUAUAAGCUACAACAAUGCCUAAGAAAGGAUGUCGCUUGCACUUGAUUAAGUGCGAGGAGUGUCGUAGAGACAAACAAAAGUGCCUUCCUAUAACACGAAAAUGGCCCGAAAAGUGUGAGCGGUGUACGCAAAAGGGGUUUCAAUGUUCUGAGGGGAAGCGUGCCGCCUGGAAGAGACGACGUCUACUCGAUCGACGUGGUGACGUGCGGGCCGAGAGAGAGGCUGAGGCUUCACCAGAGCAGGAUUCCGAUAAUGAGGAAGAAGAUUUGAAUACUUGGGCAUUUCUUUUGAGUGUUCAUCAGAUCAUGACCAAGGCAUUGAAGCAACUCCACAAGAUUCGGAAGGAAACAUGUAUUCUUUUCGACAUUUCACAACCCGAUUUGAAUCGGACUCGCUAUGAAACCGGUUCGAAGAUCGAGGAUUUUGAACGAUUCGUUCAAGAGCUGGGAAAGGUAUUGUUGGCUAUGUCGAAGAAUGCUCUGGACUCCAAGACGAACAACACAAGUGUAGACGUAAUGCAUAGCCUUGUCGGCAAUUUCCUCAACGAUGACUACAGCACUACCUCCGCGUCGCCAUGUUUGAUCUGCGAUGUUGACGAUGACGCAUUGGAAAUGUUACAAGAUCAAAACAGUUGUGCGGCAGAGUAUUUGACAAGAAUUGCUCGAUGGGCUCAUCAUUGUCGACACAUUGAUUAUAGACCUGCAGAUCACCACGUCGCACAAGAAUGGGAAACAAUCGAAAGACUUACCGAUAAAGUCAAAGCUAAAACGAUCCAUGUGCUUCGAGGUUUAGAUUUUGUGGAGAAGAUUCCGGAAGUUCCGCUGUUUAUGCCCGAAGAGGUCAGCCUCAGUCCUGAAGUCAGGGCGUCCCUUUUGCCUCAGGAUUGUCUGGAACGAACCUGGUUACACCAAUUGCUGGAUAUGGAUUUCAUAUCCAUUGAUAGAGGUGUUGAUCAAUUCAUCCUGGAUGCGCUUGAUUCGAUACAAAGCAAGAACUUUCAGUAUCAAAGCCACUUCUACCAAUCUCGAUUCUGGGACAAGAAAGACAUUAUUGGGCGGACAGCUUUGCACAUUGCCUGCCAGAAGAAUUACGAAAAGGUUGUCUCCGCCCUUCGACGCCUUGGUGCAGAUGUUGGCGUAACUGCGAUAUUUGGCUCCUUACCACUUCACUAUGCAGCUAGCACCGGCUCCGACGCAAUAUGUCAACAAUUACAGUUGUCACCGAAAGCUAGCAUCAAUGCAGUAGACAGCUUCGGGAUGACUGCUUUAUACUACGCAUUUGCUCACCGGAAACGUUCUGUCGUUGAGCUACUUCUUCUUGAUCCAGACAUUCGGCCUAAUGAAUGGGCUCCGGAGAAUCAGCCUUCAAUCUUGUCUCGAUCUAUAGCGAAGCAAGAUUUGGGCCUAGUCAAAAUGGUUCUCGAUAGAGGCGUCGAUCCAUCUCGCUUGCAUCGAAAAGCCCUAAAUGAAAUGCCUCCGGUUUAUGUUGCCAUUCAUCAAAAGCAUAUCCGGAUGCUGAGGCUGCUUUGUGAGCAGUGCACUGACAUCAACAUGUUGGAUGCAACUGAUUCGACUCCUAUAUUGUACGCAUCGUAUCGGAAUUUCGUGGAAGGAGUGAAAUAUCUUAAGAAUUGUGAAGAGGUUGAUAUCAACUCCAUGAAUAAAUAUGGCGAUACUGCGCUUACCAUUGCUGCCCGAUUUGGUCACCUUGAGGUGGUAAAGGCAUUGAUAGAGGCAGAGGAAAUCGACAUUGGAAUCAAAAAUCCAAGAACUGGGCUGACGGCCGCGAAUAUCGCUCGAAAAUAUGGGCACCUAGAUGUUGCGGAUCUCUUGGAUGGAUUCGAAGAACUGGCCGUACUUCUGUAG